AUGCUCAUUCAGACUCAAAAUGUAUUCACAUGGUAUUGCUGCCUUUCUUCUGGUUCUAGUUAGCCAGGCAAGUGCUGAAAUUAAGCUCGGAUGUAAGUCAGAUCCUAUGCCAGAUGCUAACGGCAAAUGCCCACCUGGCACUACUAUGAUUACUGCUGGAGGAUGCUGCCCAGACAAUGAUGUUUACAUCAUCUCUGACACAACUACGACAAUGGCACCAACCACUCCAUCACCCGGAUCAUGUUGUGAUAAGAUCAACCCAAAAACUGGUGUCAGUGACUGCCCAGGAAUGAAGAACUACUGUAACUAUGGUCCAUAUAUUGAUAUUAUGAAGGAUCAGUGUCCAAAGACCUGCGGAUACUGUGGCUCCGGCUCGGCGACAACUCCAGGAAUCUGCAGAGACAAGUUGAAUCCGACCACUGGAGUCAGUGACUGCCCGGCUAGACGAAAUUUGUGCAAUAAUGGAAUCUACCACGAUGUGAUGAAAGACCAGUGCCCCAAGACAUGCGGUUAUUGCAAAUAGUUUUAUGUUUGUGUUAAAUAUAAUAAAUACCAGAACAUUCUCG